UGGGACGGAGCAGAUGCGCACCGCUGGGAGGUGGGUGAGGAGGACAGUACCGGCCAGCAGCUUCCGAGAAAGGAGUGGACAGGGCCUCUCCGCUACCCUAAGCCACCGGUCAGCGCCCGCCCGCUGCGGGUGACCCGGAAACUCGCGCUCAGCCGUGGUAGGCUGUGCGCCUGGGUCGCGGACCUCGGGGCGCGCAUGCGCACCGUGGGCCUGCUCAUGCAGUGUGGGGGAGCCAUCUUUGACUGCAGGAGUGAAGCCCAGCCGUGGAUGUCCAGCAUGGACGACUACAAAAUCCUGAGAGUGAUUGGCCAGGGCUCCUUCGGCAGGGCUCUUUUGGUUCUGCAAGAACGCAGUAAUCAGACAUUUGCCAUGAAAGAAAUAAGGCUUUUAGAGUCUUUCUCUGAUACACAGAAUUCUAGGAAAGAGGCAGUUCUGCUGGCUAAAAUGAAACACCCCAAUAUUGUUGCCUUUAAGGAGUCAUUUGAAGCUGAAGGGCAUCUGUACAUAGUGAUGGAGUAUUGUGACGGAGGGGAUCUAAUGCAGAGGAUUAAACAGCAAAAAGGAAUGUUGUUUCCUGAAGAUACGAUACUGAAUUGGUUUAUACAGAUUUGUCUCGGGGUAAAUCACAUUCACAGGAAACGUGUGUUACACAGAGACAUCAAGUCCCAGAAUGUCUUCCUCACCCAAAAUGGAAAAGUGAAAUUGGGAGAUUUUGGCUCUGCCCGUCUUCUCUCCAGUCCCAUGGCCUUUGCAUGCACAUACGUGGGAACACCUUAUUAUGUGCCUCCAGAAAUCUGGGAAAACCUGCCUUAUAACAAUAAAAGUGACAUCUGGUCCUUGGGGUGUAUUCUGUAUGAACUCUGCGCGCUGAAGCAUCCAUUUCAGGCAAAUAGUUGGAAGAACCUCAUCCUGAAGAUAUGUCAGGGGCCCAUCCACCCUCUGCCAGCCCUGUAUUCCUAUAAGCUCCAGUGUCUUGUCAAGCAGAUGUUGAAGAGGAACCCCUCACAUCGUCCCUCUGCCACGACCCUGCUCUGCAGAGGCAGUCUGGCUCCACUCGUCCUGAAGUGCCUGCCCCCUCAGGUCAUCAGAGAGUAUGGAGAACAGGUAUUAGAUGAAAUCAAAGUAUCUGAGCCUAAGAAAACGAAAAAAAGGGCAGACCCCAGCAGAGGCAGGAUAGCCCUGGGAGAUGAAGCAAACGCCAUGCAAGAGGAAGAACAUGGCAGAAAGCGCAGCCAAGCUGAAUUGGAAGGCACUCGUACAAACUCAGUGGGAAGUGCGCUGAGAGCAGCCAGAGGAGAUACAGGUAGUUCACCGGAGCACCGGAGGAACCUCAGGCAGCGGUGGGAGAGGCACGACCCCAGUUCCGCUCUGGCAGCUUUGGAAAAAGCACCCGUCCUUACCUCCAGUUUCACGGCCGAGGAGGACAGAGGUGGUUCUGUGAUAAAGUAUGGUGAAAAUAAUGCCCGUAGGCAGUGGCUCAGGGAGCCCCCCGAGGCCUUGUUGUCCAUGCUGAAGGAUGCAGAUCUCAGCCUGGCAUUUCAGACCUACACAAUACAUAGACCAGGUGCAGAAGGAUUCUUGAAAGGUCCCCUUUCUGAAGAAACGGCGUCAGACAGUGUCGAUGGUGAUCAUGAUUCCGUCAUUUUAGAUCCAGAGAGAUUUGAACCUCGGCUGGAUGAAGAAGACACGGACUUUGAGGAUGACGAUGAAAACCCUGAUUGGUUGACAGAACUAAAGAAACAAGUGGGACGCCGGGAUGUAGGUGAUGGAAAAGUCCUCGGAGAAUGUGCCUGAGCCACGUGGGGGAGACACUGUCUAGAAAACUGAUGACAGGAAGUGAAAAUGAAGACUGAGAAAAUGGGUCAACACGCUUGAAAAGCAAUCCAGAAUCCUUGUGAGGUUUUUGAACACAAGGGAGGUCCAGUAGAUGCCGUGUGCCUUGCGUUCCGACAGAACAGGUGGAGUGCUAGCCUGCUGGUCACUAACUGUGUGUGUGUGUGUGUGUGUGUGUGUGAGAGAGAGAGAUAGAGAGAGAGAGAGAGAGAGAGAGAGAGAGAGAAUCAGAAACGACUUCUUUGAUCCCUCGUUUCCUUAACUAUACUAUAACAAUGCCUACCUCAGAGGAACCCUGACCAAGACAGUUAGAGCAACCCAUGUGUUAUGAUCCACACUUACUGUGUAACUCUCUCACUUUCCAAAUACAUUAAGUUGUGACCUA